AUGAAUGAAAAACUAAUAGUGACUGCUGUGAAUUUUCUGAAAAAUCCAAAAGUCCAGUCGGCUCCAAAGGAAAAACAAAUAGAGUUCUUAAAGAAGAAAGGACUGAAUGAUGAAGAUAUUGCAGAAGCUUAUAAAAGGGUUGAAUCAAGCUCGAAAACUGAGAUGGCCACUUCUUUAGCACCAUCGCCAACUCUUGCUACCCAAGUUCCUUCCUAUUCUAGCUUGAAAACAACGACAUUAGGCCUCGACAGAAGAGGCUUAACUGUUUUGCCACCGCUAAUAGGAAUAAGCCACUUGCGAAUUUUAGUGAUUUCCAAUAACGAAUUUGUGAGCAUUCCUAAAGAAAUAAAUCUUUUGCAAGAUCUUGAAAUUUUGAAUGCUUCACAUAACAAGCUUAAAAAUGAUGGGAUUCCUGAUGAAUUAUUUGAUUUAUCAUCAUUGAGUUACUUGAACUUGGCUCAUAAUGAAUUGACGUCAUUAGAAAGGUUUGGAAGAUUUUUGAGGCUAGAAAAGCUUAAUGUGGCUUAUAACAGCAUUGAAGAAAUCCCUGAUGAAAUUUGCUAUAUGCAAGAACUCAAGUAUUUGUGGAUCCAGAAUAAUAAGUUGAAAAAGGUCACGAAGUAUUUAGGACUAAUGUCUUCUUUGAGGAUGGCACUGCUAUUAGGGAAUGAAGAUUUGCCUGAGCUCUUGAAAAAUGCAACCACAAAAAAUCUCCAUGCAAUUCUAGACACACUUAAGUAG